AUGUUCUCUACCUUUAUUGAACAUAACAGUACAUUUGCUGUCAAAGUCAAACAACAGCUGUCAACGCUAUAUUAUGCUCAAAUAGCUUUUGGUGUAUUCUAUUUUAUCAUUUCCUUAAUAAUAUUAAUUCUAUUAUUUGCUUUUAGAAAGGAACAACCAAUUUCAAGUAGAUUAGCAACUCCAUUUAUGGGAAUGAUAGCCCUAUUGGUAGAAAGUUGUUUAAUUUACAUUACUCAGAGAGGAAUUUUAGUGAAUCAACUGAAAUCUAGUAAUAAUCAAAUGUGGGAGAGUGGAGAUAAUGAUUCCAAUAUUAUUGCAAAUAUUGUUACAAUUUUUGUAAACUCUUUAAAUUUAACAGCAAUAUUUUGCUAUGUUAUUCAAGUGGUUAGAUUUGAAUUGAUGAAAUUCAUGUACAAAUUAAUUCACAAGACGAAAGGAAAUGAGUCUAAAAGUGAUAUAGUAUUGAAAUCUAUUAGAAUAUCAACAUCAACAAGUUUAUUCUUACUCUUGACAACUUUAUUUAUGAGUUUUAAUCUGGUUUAUUGGACAAUUUGGGUUGUUUUGAGACGAAUUAAUGUAAUUGAGCCUUCAACUUACACUUACAUUGUUUCCAUUUCGUAUACUGUCAUAAUAUUCUUCUUGAGUUUAGUAAUUGCAACUGUAUUAGUAUUCGAUUUUAUUAUAACAAUUAAAGAAAAGAAAGAAGAGAAGAAGAAUGAGCCCACAGAUUCAACAGUGAAAGAAAAUCUGGUAAAGAAAUCAAUCAAGAUGAAGAAUUCACUCUCAAAGGUUUAUGAUUUUUUCAUUAGUUUAGAUGAGCCACUCUAUUUCAGAGUCGAAAUGAUUCUCUACCUAAUAUGUUUCGUAUUUCUAAUAGUGAAUCAAGUGAUUGGACUCAUUGGAUUACCAUAUCGAUUCAUAGACGAGGAAAAUUACAAGACAGCUCUCCAAUAUGAUGUAAUUUCAUUUAUAUUUGAAGUUUUAUACGUUUUCACCUAUAUUCUAGUAUUUGGUGGAUAUGCUUUGUUGAUCCUACUCAUUUACAAAGUAAAGAUUUGGAGAAAAUUUUCAAAGAAUGGAAAAUCAAAGCAGGAUGAUGGAAUGUUGAAGAAUAAGGAACUUUUACUUGUGAUUAGGAAUGAGGAAUCGUACGAAUCAUUUGAAAAGUUUUGUGAAAAGGAAUUUUCCUUAGAGAAUCUUUAUUUACAUUCAAUAUUGGAAAAACAUUCAAAAAUAGUGAAUGGAGAGACAUUUGAAGGGUUAUCAACUCUACUUAAUCAAAUAUUUGAAGGAUUCAUCCAAUCAGGAGCAACAAAUGAAGUGAAUAUUCCAAACAGUUGUAGAACAAAGAUUGUCAACCUCCACAAAAAAUAUGGUUUUGAAAAGAAGGAUUCAGAUUUAAAGAAUGUUGAUUUAGAAGAAGUGAGACAGGCAUUCUUUUCAUUAGUUCAACAAGUAUUUGUCAAUCUUGGUGACACCUUCUCUCGAUAUUCUCUAACAACUGAAUGGAAAGUUUUCAAAAAGGCAAUUGAAUUGAAAGAACACAUUACGGAGAAAGCAAACUUGUAUUAG